GACAAAGUCGCCCUCUCUCGUAAAUCUCAUUUCAUUUCCCAACAACUAACGCCCAAUAGGUUUGGCCAAACCAUUACCAAACUUUAUCUAUCUUCUUCCACCUCAAGCUUCCCCGGCUCACGCUUACGGACGGACCAAACGAGGCCUCAAUUUUUGUCGGGUCUUCGUUCAAACCCAUGACCGUGACCCGAACCAGUCCCACCGCUGAAUCCGAACGCCCCAAGCCAACCACCCCUGCCACUGCCAUGAGGCUCAUUGUGCCGUUACAAGGUGUUGUUCAAGGCAGAGGAGGCCUGAUUUUGGGCUCUCUAAUACCUUGUGCUCUUUUUUACUUUCUUCAGUUUUAUUUAAAACGCCACCGUUCUCCGAACCCUUCCUCGGAUCCUCCGUCUCCGUCUACUUCGUCCUCCAACCUUGCGGAGCUAACCAGAACGUCUUCGCGGUCUAAUUUGUCGUCACGUGGGUCUUUUGGUCCAGUUAGGGUUUCAUCUCGGGCUAGCUCGAUUGCUAAACCGGAUGAUUCUGCGUAUUAUAUUGGGCUAAAUAAGGUUCAGGAGGAUCCGUACCAUAGGACGAAUAAUCCGGGUGGGAUUAUUCAGCUUGGGUUGUCCGAGAGCAGUUUGUGUUUAGAUUUGAUUGAGAAAUGGGUCUCGGAGAACUUGACGGAUUCUAUAUUGGGAACUGACAGUGGUGAUUUGAGCAUAAGUGGAAUUGCUGCAUACAAGCCGUUAGAUGGAAUGACGGAGAUGAAAGUGGCUAUGGCAAGUUUCAUGUCUCGAGUUAUCGGAAAAGCAGUUUCAUUUGAUCCCUCGCAAAUAUUAUUAACUGCUGGUGCAACUCCUGCAAUUGAGAUACUAAGCUUUUGCUUGGCAGACCACGGAAAUGCAUUUCUUGUCCCUACGCCAUAUUAUCCUGGUUUUGACAGGGAUAUAAGAUGGCGAACAGGAAUAGAGCUAAUUCCUGUUCAUUGUCGGAGCACUGACAAUUUCAUUUUCAGUAAAACAGCACUUGAUCAAGCAUUCAAUCAGGCAAGAAAACGGGGAGUGAAAGUACGUGCAAUUCUCAUCUGUAACCCUGCAAAUCCUGUUGGCAAUAUACUUCCACGGGAGACUCUUUAUGAUCUUUUGGACUUUGCACGAGAGAAAAACAUCCAUAUUAUCUCUGAUGAAAUAUAUGGGGGGUCAAUAUUUGGAAGUGAUGAGUUUGUGAGCAUGGCAGAAAUUCUUGAUUCAGAAGAAGUUGACAAGAACAGGGUUCAUAUAAUAUAUGGGCUGUCAAAAGACCUCUCUCUUCCUGGAUUUAGGGUUGGAGUUAUCUAUUCCUAUAAUGACAGUGUUUUGUCUGCCGCUAAAAAGUUAACGAGAUUUUCCUCCGUGUCUACCCUGACUCAGAGACUUUUAAUUUCAAUGCUUUCGGACACAAGAUUCAUUCAAGAAUAUUUUGAGACCAAUAAAAGAAGGGUAAAGGAAAUACGUGAUUCAUUUUUGGCUGGUUUAAAACAAUUGGGAAUCAGAUGCUCAGAGAACAAUGCUGGCUUAUACUGUUGGGCUGAUAUGAGUGCACUAAUCCCCUCUUACAGCGAGAAAGGAGAGCUUGAAUUAUGGGACAAGCUAUUAAAUAUCGCUAAGAUCAAUGUUACUCCUGGGUCAGCUUGCCACUGCAUAGAACCAGGAUGGUUCCGUUGUUGUUUUGCCUCUUUAUCUCAAGAGGAUAUUCCUGUAGUUAUAGAGCGGAUUCGAAAAGUUGCUGAAACUUGUAAAUCCUUGAGUUGAAACAAGAAAUUUCAUAUUUAAGCACAUUGCCAUGUUGAAUUUUUGGGGUUUUAAUGGACAUGCAGUGUUCCACUUUGGACAAAUUUUCAAAUUUAGCUUUCUUACAAAUUCUGUGGUGUUAAACAUUCAGUUUGCAUUCUGGAUGAUAUAAUUUAUUUACAUCCUCAUUUGUUGGAAAUAGAAUUCUACAAUGAUUUAGAAGAGAGCUUAAUAGAGGUCAAGGUUGCUGGGUGAUUUUGAACCACAAGAUGGGUUGCGCUUUACCUUGACAACAGUUUCAGAGAAUUGGCACUCCUUCCUCUGAAGUCCUUUAAACAUUUUGAUACUGGUUCCAAAGAUGGAGCAUCCGGAAGCUCUCCUUGCAACCUCCUGUUAUAGUUGCAUUCAGGCAAGAGUAAAGUUGUUUGUAUUUCUCUUGUGCUAAAAUAACAGAUAGUCCAAAAUAUGAAUACCAUUUCCAUAAUAGUAUCCAAAGGGAAAGAAAUGAAAUAUAAUAUUUUCUUUUUGUAUA